AUGAUAAUUAUUGAUAUAAUAAAGGAGAGAGUUUCAGACAUAUAAAACAUUUACAAUAACACAAUGGCAAUAAAAUAAAUUAGUAAUAAUGAAUAUAAAGUAGAGUAUAGAGAGAAGGUUCGUUAAAUGUAAGAGACUGAUAUAAUGAGUACACUAUUUUAAUAUCGUAAAUUGACACAAUCAGAUUUAGCUCAAUUCCAAGAAGGAGCAAAAUAAAUAUUUAAAAUAAUUGCACCAGGAUUUGAUGUACACGAAUACAUUAGUUAAGACACGAUUUGCAGAAAUCACUCUUACUUCUACGAGUAAAGUGUUUAUAGAGUUGUACUUACACUUUGGUUUCGUAUAAAAAAGUGACACUUUGUACAAUGAAUUAUUACAUAGUUCGAAAUAGUAGAUAUUUUUAUGUCUUAUUCAACAUUUAAUAGAUCUGACCAAAAUUG